AUGCCGUUUUCUUUAUGCUGGAAGAACGCCAGAGCAACUGGGCCUAUUCCCGUCCCAUCUUGGAAGAGCGCCAGAGCAACUGGGCCUAUUCCCGUCCCAUCGUGCUCCUCGACACGCUCUGGAACCUCAUCUUCGUUUCUCGUCGCCAUCGCGACGCUCUCCGUGAGCCGCAACCACAAGGAGGAACCGGCCGCUCCGCUGGGCGUGUGGCUCAUGGGGUACUCGGCGCAGUGCAUCAUCCACAUCGUCUGCGUGCUCGUGGAGUUCGACCGCCGGCAGCAAGGCGGAGCGGAGGAGCGCAGGAGCGACCGGAGCCGGGCGAGGAGGAGCCGCGGAGCGAGCAGGAGCAGCAGACGAGGGCUCCGCGGGUUGCGGAGCGCGAGCGGAGGAGGAGGGAGGGGAGGCAGGGGAGGGGGAGCAGGGGGGAGUGGGAGUUCGGGGGAUAUUCGAGAGGGGUUGUUGCAAAGAGGGAGCGAUGACGAGGAGCAGGAAGCGGAGGGGAGUACGGGGGAGCAGCGGAUAGAAGAUGAUCGGAUUGACAGCAUUGCGAAGCAAAUCGAGUCGGCGAACACCGUCUUUUCGUUCCUCUGGUGGUCCGUCGGGUUCGCGUGGAUCAUCUCCACAUUCGACGACACCUUCGAAGACGCGCCCAUUCUUUCCUGGUAA